AUGACUACUUUGGGUCAACAAUUAUUUGGUUCUUAUUUCUCUUAUCGAAAAGUAAAUACAGAUGAAAAGAGAGAGGAGGAAGUUAAAAAAAUUCAAAAUAUUCAAGAGGUUGAAAGAAGGACUCCUUAUAUUCCUCCCGAAAUUAUUAAAAUGAUCCUUAAUUGUUUAAAGGAUGAUAAAAAAACUCUCGCUGCUUGUUCUUUAGUUAAUCGUACAUUUUAUCUUCAUACCAUUCCUAUAUUAUAUAAUACAAUUUCUUUUACUUUCCCUUUUACAUUUACUUCUUUUGCAAAUGUUACUCAUUAUCAUCGUACUACUGAAUGUUUCUCAUUCAUUCGUCAUUUGGACUUUUCCAGUUUUUCUACAUGUGGCUUACAAAAAAGCUCCGCCACAAUUCAAAAUGUGGUCACUCCUGAUAUUCUUAUCAAUAUUUUAUUAUCUUGUCAAGAAUUGGAAACUUUCUCUAUAUCCGAAACAUUGGAAUCAACUAUCACCUUUGAUGUAUUAAAAACUCUUUUCAUCAAUUGUAAAAAUCUUAAAACUUUAGAUUUUUGUGGAUGCUCUAGUAAACAAUUUGUAAUUUCUGAAAUUAAUACAAUUAUUCCAAUACUUUCUCAUACUCCAAAUCUUACACAUUUAGAUUUUGGAGGUUGUUCAAUUAGUGAUAUAACAUUAAAUUUUCUUAGUACAGAAACGAAUAUCCCCAAAACUUUAAAACAUUUAUUAUUAGCAAAUUGUAAAAACAUUUCAUCUGAAUCUAUAGCAAAAUUCGCUUCUCAAUGUCAUAAAUUAGAAACACUUAAUCUUUAUAGUAAAAGAAAUAUUUCUUCUACUAUAAAUGAAUAUGAUCUUAUUACAAUUCUUAGUUCACCUUGCGCUAAAAAAUUACAAAAUCUUGACAUUGGAGCAUCACAAGUAACACCACGUGUUUUAUUAGCAAUUCAACAAAAUUGUUCAUCACUCGUAAAUUUAGGAAUUGCCAAAGCACCAAUUCAAUCUUUAAAUCAUAUAACCGAAUUUUUAACAAAUAUGACAAAUCUUCAAUAUAUUGAUCUUACAUCAAUUCCUUGUUUCAAUGUACUUAAUAUUUAUAGUUUAAUUAAUUCUUUAAACAAAAAUCAACAAAAUCAAAUUCAUACAAUAGAAUUGAAUGAAUCAUUACUUAAAAAAUUAACCAACAUUAAUGAUUGUUGGAGAAAGAUUGAAGAAAAUUAUACACGAAGAUUGUAUUAUUCUCGAAUGACACAAAAACAAAGACCAGAUUUAGUUCAUCCAAGAAAAUUAGAUAUUGCGGAUUGUGGACCAGAAAGAAUUAGUAAAAUCUUUCAAUAUUAUAGUUAUGGAGUAUAA